ACCGCCAAUAACCCUCAAAGAGGAAAAACAAGACGAAGACAAAGACGAAUAGUCAGCAACACUGAUAAGAAACCGGACUACAAAGGCACGAUUACAGCUUCUCCUGUUUUUGUUUUACAUCAAGUCAUCAAAACGUCGUACGCAAUGAGAGGGGACCGCGGCAGGGGCCGAGGAGGCCGCUUCGGGUCCCGGGGAGGACUGGUCCAGGGGUAUCGCCCAUUUGUCCCACACAUCCCUUUUGAUUUUUAUGUGUGUGAGAUGGCCUUCCCUAGAGUGAAGCCUGCACCUGAUGAGACAGCUUUCAGUGAGUGUCUUCUGAAGAGAAACCAGGACUUGAGCCCCACAUCUGCAGAGCAGUCCUCCAUCUUGUCCCUGGUCACAAAGAUCAAUAAUGUCAUUGACAACCUGAUUGUUGCGCCUGGGAACUUUGAAGUGCAAAUUGAAGAAGUGCGACAGGUGGGAUCAUACAAGAAGGGCACCAUGACAACGGGACACAAUGUUGCUGACCUGGUUGUAAUCCUCAAGAUCCUCCCUACAUUGGAGGCAGUUGCUGCUCUUGGCAACAAAGUGGUGGAGACUCUUCGCACACAGGACCCUACUGAAGUGCUCUCCAUGCUGACCAAUGAGACUGGCUUUGAGAUCAGUUCAGCUGAUGCUACUGUCAAGAUUCUCAUCACCACUGUCCCUCCUAACCUGCGCAAGCUGGACCCAGAGCUGCACUUGGACAUCAAGGUGCUGCAGAGUGCUCUUGCUGCAAUACGUCACGCCCGCUGGUUUGAGGAGAACGCCUCCCAGUCAACGGUCAAAGUACUGAUCCGCCUGCUGAAAGACCUGAGGCUGCGCUUUCCUGGUUUUGAGCCCCUCACUCCCUGGAUCCUGGACCUGCUGGGGCACUCUGCAGUGAUGAACAACCCAUCCAGACAGCCCCUGUCCCUCAACAUGGCCUAUAGGCGCUGCCUGCAAAUGUUGGCUGCUGGGCUCUUUCUGCCUGGCUCUGUGGGCAUCACUGACCCCUGUGAAAGUGGAAACUUCCGAGUGCACACAGUCAUGACUCUUGAACAGCAGGACAUGGUAUGUUUCACAGCCCAGACACUGGUAAGGGUCCUCUCUCAUGGAGGCUACAGAAAGAUCCUUGGCUUGGAGGGAGAUGCCAGCUACUUGGCAACAGAGAUGUCUACCUGGGAUGGUGUGAUUGUCACUCCGUCAGAGAAGGCCUAUGAGAAACCUCCAGAGAGGAAAGAGGAGGAAGAUGAAGCUCUGGACGAGGGAGGAGAUGGAGAAGAUGAGAGCAUGGAGACCCAGGAAUAAUGAAGAGUGACUGACCAUAAGCUUAUUGAAGUCCUUGCAGCUCCACCAUGGUGUGUACUCUGAUUAAUCACCAGCAGGUUUACUGGAGGGCCAGAAAGAACUAGCCUCAUCCCUUGUCGUUUUUUUUGUUGUUUUUAAUUGUGGUGUUUUUAGGGCCUCUUGGUUUUCUUUGUACUUUGUAACAGUGAUAUAAAGCUGUUUUGAAUUCA